AUGCCUUACAACUGUUCCCUGAUGUUUUCAUUGGUUCUUAUCUUACUUAUGGCUUCAGUAUAUGAAGCACGUGUUGUUAAGCAAGUUCAAUUGUCGCGAGAUAUGCCAACUUGGCGUUCAUCCGUGCGGGUCCGCCAGAUUCAGGGAAACUUCCCUCGACUUUCUUCAUUCCACGAAGGAGGAGCUAGACCUCAGCUGUUCGGAAAAUGGGCAAAGCGUCAACCGGAAGAAGAAGAACUAUUUGAAGAGCCUGUUUUAUAUCCCUAUUAA